AUGUAUGUUCUGGUUGGUGCCGUGUACUCUCAAGUUAAAACCAUGUUUUGCUUACCCUUUCUUUGCAGAAACGGAAAAUAUGUCGCGCUGAAAAUUCUUGUCUCCGACGCCUCUGGGCAGACAAGCGAGGUACAGAUAUUGCACACCGUCAGCGACUGCGCACCAUCAGAGGGCCAGCGCUACAUCACUCAGCCACUCGGCGAAUUUGAACACAGCAGGCCCAAUGGUCGUCACAAGUGCCUGGUAUUUGAGCCCUUGGGGCCGAGCAUAAAUAGCAUGGUCGAGGAGCUACCCCAGCUCAAACCUCGAAAGCGGCACAUGAAAGUGCGAUACCCGCCUGACAUGGCAAAGAGUAUUCUUAAGCAGUCUCUGCAGGCUUUGGCUUUUCUUCACGGCAAUGGCAUUGCCCAUGGAGACUUUCAGCCGGGAGAUAUGCUAUUCACUGUUCCUUACAUUGACUCGAUACCCGAGGAAGAACUUCGACAAGAGGAAAACGUGGAGAGCGGUUCGAUAUCGCCACCUGACGAGAGGAAAGAUGGUAAAGAAGAUUUGUUGGCUCCAAGAUAUCUUUGUAUUGCACAGCCACUGGCACCCUUCACCCACUAUGCAAAGGGUUUCAAGAUCAAGUUGUCCGAUAUGGGCGGUGACCCGCCACAGAAGCCCGUCACUCCAGUCGGACUUCGAGCGCCUGAAAUGAUUUUUAAGGGAGAAGUAAAUAAAAGCCUUGACGUCUGGAGUUUUGGCUGCCUUGUAUUUGAGCUUAUUGCAGGGCAACAGCUCUUCUGCAUCCCGGGUUCUGACGAUGAAGACGAUGAGCAUCUCCUUACCCUCACGGAACGGCUCGGGCCGCCUCCAGAUCGGCUCUUCGAUCAAUGGAAGACGUUUUCUCUAUACUUCACUCCAGACAGAACGCUCUUUAACGUUGCACUUGGUGGGGUAGCAGAUGGUGAGGAGCCACUGAUGCUGGAACAAGAGUCUAUGGAGGAUGCGUUUGAUAAAGCAGUGCCCGAGAUUGAUGAGGAGGAAAGCCGGAAGGUGAAGACGCUUAUUCGAUGGAUUCUGCAAUACGAGCCUUCCAGAAGACCUUCGCCUGCUGAGAUUUUGCGUGACCCAUGGUUUACUGGGAUUGAGGUGGAUGAGACCACGGUCGAGGAAUCUCCAGCUUAG